AUGACUUUUGUUUCUUUCCCCUCUUCUAAGUCAUUGGUGAUGGCCCUUAGCAAUUCCAGCUGGAGGCUGUCUCAGCCUUCUUUUUUCCUGGUAGGUAUUCCAGGUUUGGAGGAAAGCCAGCACUGGAUAGCAUUGCCCCUGGGUGUCCUUUAUGUACUUGCUCUGAUAGGAAACGUAACCAUUCUCUUCAUUAUCUGGACUGACCCAUCCCUACACCAACCCAUGUACCUCUUCCUGGCCAUGCUUGCUACCAUUGAUCUGGUCCUCGCCUCCUCCACUGCACCCAAAGCCCUGGCAGUGCUACUGUUUCAUGCCCAUGACAUUGGGUAUACUGUGUGCUUGAUCCAGAUGUUCUUCAUCCAUGCAUUCUCCUCCAUGGAGUCAGGCGUGCUGGUGGCCAUGGCUCUCGAUCGCUAUGUAGCCAUCUGCCACCCUCUGCACCAUUCCACUAUCCUGCAUCCAGAGGUCAUAGGACGCAUUGGAGUGGUAGUGUUAGUGCGGGGACUGCUGCUUCUCACUCCUUUCCCCAUCCUGCUGCGACGCCUUGUCUUCUGCAAGUCCACCAUCAUAGGCCACGCCUACUGUGAGCAUAUGGCUGUAGUAAAACUUGCUUGUUCAGACACUACAGUGAACAGAGCUUACGGGCUUACAGUGGCACUGCUUGUGGUGGGGGUAGAUGUUCUGCUUAUUGGGAUUUCCUACGCUCUCAUCCUCCUGGCAGUUCUAAAGGUACCAGGGGGUGAGGCUCGACUUAAGGCCUUUAGCACAUGUGGGUCCCAUGUUUGUGUCAUUUUGAUUUUUUAUGUGCCUGGAAUGUUCUCCUUCCUCACUCACCGAUUUGGCAAGCACGUACCUCACCACAUCCAUGUUCUUCUGGCUACUCUUUACCUCCUUGUACCACCUGCCCUCAAUCCUCUUGUCUAUGGGAUAAAGACUCGGCAGAUUCGACAGCGAGUACUCAGGAUAUUCUACACAAAAGUAUAA